AUGGAAAUGACCCGGCGCCCUGAGGAAGCGCGGCUGCACUACGACCCACCGCCACUUCGAUAUUGCCUCCAUUUACACCAAGAAUGCAAUCUCGUUGAUGCUAAUGUUAUUGUUCAUUUCUACAUACCUGCCAAUAUGAUGACCCGGGCAAAGGAAAUGGAAAUUAAACUGAGGGCAGCACUUAAGGAAUUGGAGUCAUCCAAACUCCUGUGUGACCAACUGCUGCAGGAGCGGGAAGACAAUGAAGUGGAAGUGAAGAACAUUAUUAAUAGGAAUAGUAAACUCAAAACUGAAUUGGCCGAACUACAUGUAUGUCACACGGACCUGCUAGACCAACAUAAUAGAUUAUUUAACGAAGUCAGUGCUUUUCAGCAGUGCACCGAGACUCAUGAACAUGCUCUGACACGCAUAUCACAACUUGAGCAUGAUCUAAGAAAAGCCCAUAAUACAAUAAAUAAACUAGAGGCUAGUAAACAAUCAGUACAGUCAGCUGAUACUCUUUCUUUAUAUGAUGAGUUAGUUGGGAGUGGGUCUGGUGACAUAUGUGAGCAGGCCAUUACCAUAGACUUGACUGGUGAUGACACUAUCCCCACUCGCCCUGUACUCAAUAGUCAUAAUAAAAUAAAAAACGACGCUGCAGCUGAUUGUGUUCUAGUGGAUGAAAUACGUGCAGAGAACAGCGGGGCAAAUAUUCGGGAACCAUCUGCGACGCGGUGCUUCAUGCGACCCGGUUAUAAUGAGGCCAUGCUGACUACCGAAGUACCAGUCUACCACGAUGCCGGAGUCAAACGAGCAGACAAAACGCCUGAACAACAUGGCCAGUCAGAAGUGCGUUGGUCUAUUAAAGAAUUUAUACUGAAUGAUACGGAGGAAAUUAUACUGAAGGAGUAUAUACUGAAUGAAAUGGGGGGUCUCUAA